GCGGAUUUCUGGAGGCGGCGUGAGAGCGACCACACAUCACCAUCCCCGCCACUCGCUCUCUCGCUCGCACACAACGAGAGACGAGACCCGACAAAGGACGCGAUGGAGCAGCUGUGCAGCGCUGACUGCGGCGCCGAACUUUGGAACUGGACGUUGACUCUACACGGGGACCCGCCGGACGUCCCCGCCUGCUUCCAGGCCACUGUGCUGGUAUGGGUGCCGUGCACGUUCCUGUGGCUCGCCGCUCUGCCGUACUUCGUCUGGCUGCGACACCACCGCCAGGGCUACAUUGCCUGCUCCGUGCUCAGCCGUGCCAAGACCGUGCUGUGUGCUAUACUAUGGCUGUUGUGCUGGGCCAAACUGUUCUUCUCGCUGUGGGAGAGGAGCCAAGGUCAUUCACUUCCUCCCAUCUUCUUCAUAUCACCACUCAUUCUGGGGGCAACCAUGCUCUUGGCGGCGGUCCUGGGGCAGGUGGAGCGUUGGAGCGGCGUCCACUCCUCGGCGCUGCUUUUCGUCUUCUGGCUGCUGGUGCUGGUGGGGGCGGUUACGGGGACGCGGUCACGUGUGCUGCACGCCACUCGCCUGGGCAUGUUGGAGGACCCGUUUAGAGACUCGGUGUUUUUGAUGUACUCGGUGCUCGUGCUCAUACAGUUCAUCCUUGUUUCUCUCCCUGAGAAGCGACCGCUCUUCAGCACAGACUCUGACGACCCGAACCUGUGUCCGGAAGUUGGUGCCUCUUUCAUAUCUCGUCUCACCUUCUGUUGGUUCACUAGGAUGGCGGUGAAUGGGUACCGUAGGGGACUGAAGAUGAGCGACCUGUGGUCACUGCGGCACAAGGAUUCCUGCGGCUUCGUGGUACCACACUUGCAGGCCGAGUGGAGGAAGGAGCAAGCUCGGAUCGCACAAAGAUCGGGAGACGUGAAAGCUGCAUACCACGUACGAGAUAAAAACGGCCACCUGACCAAGGAAGCAGCGGGUCCCGGUGAGGACAGGAACCUCAUCUCCGUUCGGCUACGCCUGCCCAGGGAGAAGUCCCAGGGUGGUGGUGCUGGGACAGAGGGAGGAGCCACAGGUCAAGAGCCAUCCCUCAUCAGGGCCAUGGCGUUGGCGUUUGGGCCACGAUAUCUCGUGGGCUCUGUCUACAAACUCCUGCAGGACAUUCUGUCGUUCGCAAGUCCCUUAUUGCUCAGUCACCUGAUCCGGUUUGUCGGGGACAGUUCGCGCCCCACAUGGCAUGGCUAUGCUUUGGCGGGGCUGAUGUUCCUGUGUGCCAUCGCCACGUCCAUGUUGGCGCAUCAGCACUUCCACGCGGGAUUCGUGACGGGCAUUCGGCUCCGCAGCGCACUCACCGGCUUGCUUUACCGCAAGGCUCUCAUGAUAACACAGGCCGCGCGAUUGUCGUGUGCUGGCGGGGAGCUGACGACUCUAAUGUCUGUCGAUGUUCAGCACAUGGCCGACAUCACCAACAACCUCAAUUUUGUGUGGUCUGCCCCUCUGCACAUCUGCCUGGCUAUGUACUUCCUCUGGCAGCAUCUCGGACCAUCAGUGCUGGCGGGGGUGGCCGUGAUGCUGCUGCUGAUACCUUUCAACGCUUUCAUCGCCCUCAACAUACGGACUCUACAGGCUCAGAUCAUCAAGAAGCGCGACGAGCGCGUGCGCACCCUGAGCGAGGCCCUGUCGGGCGUGCGCAUCAUCAAGAUGUACGCGUGGGAGCGGCGAUUCCGAGACGUCAUCCUGGGAGUGCGCGAGCAUGAGCUCGCCGUGCUCGGGCGUGCCGCUUACUUCUCCAUGCUCUCCGCGUUCACCUGGCUCUGCUCUCCCUUUUUGGUGGCGCUGGCAUCGUUCGGCGUGUACGUGUUGGUGGACGAACACCACGUGCUGGACGCAGAGAGGGCGUUCGUGUCCCUGGCGCUCUUUAACCUUCUGCGAUACCCACUCAACCAGCUGCCUCAGCUCAUGAGCGAACUCGCCAUGGCGAGUGUGUCCUUACGUCGCCUGAGGAAUUUCCUCAGUCUGGAGGAGCUGGACCCGCAUGCCGUGGAUCGCUCACCCUCCAAUCUCCGUGAGAGCUGUGUGUCCAUCGAAGGAGGGACCUUCACGUGGAGCUGGGACGAGCCGCCCAUCCUCCAUGACAUCUCCCUGGCUGUGCCACGCGGCUGCCUCUUCGCUGUGGUCGGAACCGUGGGCAGCGGGAAGUCCUCGCUCAUGGCUGCACUUCUUGGGGAGCUGAACAAGUUGAGUGGCUCGGUGGCCGUGAAGGGCCAGGUGGCGUACGUGGCCCAACAGGCGUGGAUCCAGAAUGCCUCGCUGCGGGACAACGUGCUGUUCGGGCGGCUGCUGGACGAGGCGUGGUACCGCGAGGUGCUGCAGGCCUGCGCCUUGGAGCAGGACCUACUCGCCCUGCCGGCCGGAGACAACACAGAGAUCGGGGAGAAGGGCAUCAACCUGUCUGGGGGCCAGCGCCAGCGUGUGUCCCUGGCUCGUGCCAUCUACAGCAAGGCGUCCGUCUUCCUGCUGGACGACCCUCUGUCGGCAGUGGAUGCACACGUGGGGAAGCACAUCUUCGAGCGUGUCAUCGGGCCCUCGGGACUGCUGGCAGGCCAAACGCGGGUGCUGGUGACUCACGGCCUGAGCUUCCUGCCCCACGUUGACCGCAUCGUGGUCCUCACAGCGGGCCGCGUCUCCGAGAGCGGCUCGUACUCGGAGCUCAUGCUCAGCGGCGAGGCCUUCUCGGAGCUGCUGAGGAACCACGGACAGGGAGAUGGCGCAGGAGAGGACUCCCCGGUCAGUCAGGACGAUGGGCCUCACGUCAUCAUUGACCUGCGAUCCCCGGGGCCGGAUGAGGUGCUCAGCACGUGUUCGAACACCGCCGACAUGGAGCCGGUGAUGGCAGAACCUCGGAGGACGCUCAUGAGGCAGAUCAGCAAGCAAUCUAUGAGAGAGGGCGAUGGAGGAAAGCGUCUGUCUAUUCACCACAUCUCGCUGAGGCAGUUGGGGCCGCAAGAAGCAAGUGGCUCUAGUACGACCCAGGGUGUGGGCACGGAGACGCGGGGACAAAAGGAGACGCCGCAGCCCGGAAGCACCCUCAUGCAGCCCGAGAGCAUGGAGACGGGACAUAUGAAGCUCUCCGUGGUGCUCCACUACUUGCGUGCGGUCGGCGCGCCGUUAUCCACGCUCGCACUGCUCCUCUUCUGCGCCAACUACACCACCAUGCUGGGCACCAACGUGUGGCUGAGCGAGUGGGCCGGCGAGCCUGUUGUCAACGGCACGCAGCGCAACACGGGCUACCGCCUCGGCGUCUACUCCGCGCUGGGCGCCGUGCAGAGUGUGCUGUCCUUGGUGAUGGUACUGAUGGUCUUCAAAGGGUGUCUUCGGGCUGCCGGCACCCUGCACCUUGCACUGCUCGAUAACAAGCUGCACUCGCCGAUCUCCUUCUACGAUGUCACGCCUCUGGGACGAAUCAUCAACCGCUUCUCGAAGGACGUGUUCAUGAUAGACGAGGUGCUGCCGCCCACGUUCCUCAUGUUCCUGGGAGCCCUGUGCAACUCAAUCUUCACGAUCCUCAUCAUCGUCAUCAGCACGCCGGUCUUCGUGGUCGCUGCCAUUCCCCUCGUCGUCAUCUACUUCUUUGUGCAGAGGUUCUACGUGGCGACGUCGAGGCAGCUGAAGCGGCUGGAGUCGACGGUGCGCUCGCCCGUCUUCUCGCACUUCGGCGAGAGCGUGGCGGGAGCGGCGACGCUGCGCGCUUUCCGCCAGGAGGAACGCUUCGUCAUCGCGGGAGACCGCGCUGUCGACGCCUUGCAGCGCACGUGCUACCCCAGCAUCGUCAGCCAGAGGUGGCUGGCCGUGUGGCUAGAGUUCCUGGGCGCCUGUGUGGUGCUGUUCGCCGCUAUGUUUGCUGUGCUGAGCCGCGACUCCCUGAAGGCGGGGACCGUGGGCCUCUCCGUUUCUUAUGCCAUGCAGGUGACGGUGGUGAUGAGCUGGAUGGUCCGGAUGUCGUCAGAGGUGGAGUCAAACAUCGUGGCUGUGGAGAGAGUCAAGGAGUACUCCGAGACUCCGCCUGAGGCGGAUUGGGAGGUGGAGUCGUGCCGACCGCCCGCGGACUGGCCAUCACAGGGCCAUGUGGAGUUCCGCGACUACAGCACACGCUACCGCGAGGGACUCGAUCUGGUUCUACGCAACAUCAGCUGUGACAUCAAGGGUGGAGAAAAGGUGGGCAUCGUGGGCCGAACGGGCGCGGGGAAGUCGUCGUUGACGCUCUGCCUCUUGCGCAUGGUCGAAGCGGCCAGCGGAGCCAUCGCGAUCGACGGCGUGGACAUUUCGCGCAUCGGCCUUCAUGACCUGCGGUCGCGCAUCACCAUCAUCCCGCAGGAUCCCGUGCUGUUCGGGGGCUCCCUGCGAGACAACCUCGAUCCGUUUGGCCACCACUCGGACGCCGAGGUGUGGGAGGCGCUGGAGUUGGCGCACCUGGGCGAGACGGCGCGCGCCCUGCCCGGGGGAAUCCAGCACGAGUGUGCCGAGGGCGGCGAGAACUUCAGCGUCGGGCAGAGGCAGCUGGUGUGCCUGGCGCGGGCACUACUGCGCCGCACGCGCGUGCUCGUGCUGGACGAGGCGACGGCCGCCGUGGACGUGGAGACAGACGCCCUCAUCCAGGGGACGAUCCGCACGCACUUCCACGCCUGCACUGUGCUCACCAUUGCGCACCGCCUGCACACCGUGCUCGACUGCACACGGGUGAUGGUGCUCAGCAGUGGCCAAAUCGUGGAGUUCGACUCGCCCGACGUUCUCCUCUCCCGCAAGGACAGCGCGUUCCACAAAAUGGCACGGGAUGCGGGGAUCGUGUAAUGCACGUGCCUUAGGUGACUAACUUAAAGUGAGAAAAUUUCACCUAAAUACCUCAUCGCACAACCGAGGUCAACAUUGCAAAAGAGGCAAUGUUUUUUAAUGUGUCUCAAUGGGUUUAUUUCAUAUCCUGGUUGAAUGAAGGAUACAGGCAGAACCCGGGAUUUUGGAGUUUCACUGGCCCUUGUCCAUAAUCACACCGUGUAUAUGGUGCCACUAGGGUUGCCACAAUCUGCCAAUACUACAAGAUAUAUCGUAUGAUAUAAGGUCCAUGAUAAUAAUAUCGUCCAUUUUUCCAAAUACCAUUGGCUGCUGGCAGCUCAUUGAGCCAGCACCACCGAGACCCUGGGCUCGAACCUUGUUUUAUAUUUCCUCUGUGAUAAAAAUAAAAACUUCGUAACGUGUUGAUGGCUUCGACAUGGUCGGCAACGACUCUCACAAAAAAUCCCCAACAGACUGUUUGGAUUUUCACCAAAUUGCUGGCACCGACUGCUAACGAUGUGUUUGCAUAGCUAUGGGAUGGAUACUCUGCAGGAAAUGUAAAACGGGUUCCCAUCUCUUGUGGUAAGAUGCCCAUUAAAGUGACAUCGAAUUGCUUAACCCUCAUGUCAUGGUUGUAAUGUGGAGUUUGACUCGCCCGACGCUCUGCAGUGGAAAAACAACCUGGCACCUGAGCCGCGCUGGGCUGGCUUAUUUUGUCAGUGGAAUAGGGAUAUAAAGGGCAUGGCUAUUAUAUUUAUGACACCGAUUGUACCGUUUUAAUUUAAAACUCAACAUUGUUUAGGCGAUUUAUUAAUGUACUGCUUGAUGAAAGCCUCCCCACGCCAUAUCGAACAUGGGUGUUAUUUGACCAUACUUCAUCAUUUGUCGCCAGUGCGGGUUGAUAAAGGGGGGCAAAAGAACCGGUUCAGAUAUCACGAAAAUGAGAACAUGGUUGCGCAAAAAAAACAUCCAUCAUUCUGCGUUAUUAUAGUGCGUUGUUAUUGAAAGGUAAUAUUAUACUUCUAUUGAGGGCAUUUAACUCGAUCGAGCAUUGCUUGACAUUGUGAGAGAGCUCUAGCCAGGCCCUCUGCACCUUUUGGCAUUUCUGUUGAAUGGCAAUCAAACAUUGCCAUAUGUUUACCAACAGCAGCGAUGUGCUCGCAGUCAUCUAUUGUAAAUUGAACACAUUUCUUUCAGGUCACACAGCUGCGAAAUAUAUCACUUUCAGUAAGUCCACGUCAGAAUGCAAUCAGUUGCCACAAUAAUCGAUUAGUGUGGAUUCUAUUGGCGGUGCAAUUGUUUGCAUCAACAAAUGCAAAGAAUUGUACUGAGCACCUAUAAUGUAUAUUUAAGUGCACUUCCAUUACGAACACGUGUGUUGAAUUUGUGUUGAUGAACCCAAACUGAAUUAAUCAGACUCUUUAUGGCUCUGAAGAACAUCAAGUGUUGUCUAUUCGACUGCCUUUUGGCAACAGGCUGUUUGCACACGAUAGCAGAACAAAAAUAAAGGAAAAUGAAUCAGGCAAGGACAUACGCACUCAUGAAUGCUGUUAACAGUAAUAUUACAAGAUAUUUUUCAAAAACUGGGUUGGGAAAAAAUCUAUAUUGCCCAUCACAAAUUAGCUGAUGAGUUAGUCAUAGUAACAACCUUUAGGCUGCAUCUAUAUGUAAACACUGGUAGAUAAUGUGUAGCAGUGUGUUCGGUGCUUCGUCACAGGUGUUAAGUAUUAAACAAUCGGCAUCUUCUGCGUACUUAUCCAAAGUUACGCUGUAGCCCAGAGGAUAAGUCAUGAGGUGGCUUGGUUUAAAAAGUGAGCGAUGCAGAUUUUAACCACUGCUUCAGAUUUGUGACAUUAAAACCAUGUAUGGGUGAAUAACAAUGCUACGUACUUGAUAUAGAUACAUGGAUUUUACCCCUUAUCGGCAGUGAUAUUUUGUGGGGAUGUGUAUAUUGUUUGAAAUUUACAAGCGGAUAGAAAAUCAUGUCUUGAGAUGUGAGUGUGGUAUCGAUUAGAGAAAUUAAUUCCAUUCGAUAGAGAGAAUGAGUACGUUUUAUGGCAGGUAGAGGAGAGAAUUCUUAUCAGAACAAUUCAUAAAAAGCCAGACGAUGUGGAUUGGGCAUAUUCUAAGGAGUAAAAGCUUGAUAAAGGAAGACACAGAAAAAUAAA